UGGUAACAGUGGUCACUCACUUGGUCAUUUUUUUUUUUAUUGGUUAAACACAUUACUUUUAUAUUAAUUAUCGGACGUUUACUCUCACAGCAGCUGUUAACUUAUUUUAACUAUUAAUUAUUGAAAAAAAAAUUAAUAAGCUAAUUUCGAUAGUGUUCGUUCGGCUUCAGGACCACAGUCGAGACAAGUCCGGUCAAGCAAGUGCAUUCGAGAUGCUAUGAUAGAUAAGGCAAUAAAAAAAGAGGUAGAGCGAUUCAUAUUGUGCGCCAAAGCAUCGUAGCUUUUCAAGCUGCAUUGUUUUUUUUUUACGCUUUACAUCUCGCUUUUACUCGUUCUGAACAGUUCCUGGUACCUGGUAGGUUUCCCGGGUUUGUUUUUUAUUGGUGGAGUUUUAUGUUUAAAUAUAAUCCUUCGCCCCAAAACAAACGCUAAUAGUAUGGUGCUCCAUGCAUAAGCCAGCGAACGAAUGCAGUUGGUUGAUUGAAUUGUAGCCUCGCUGAAACGGAACCAUCAACCGACCUACUACAGCGCUACAACGCUGUGUGCGUGAAGAAGCAGCAAAAGGCAGGAGGCUUUGUUACCGGAACCGAAUCUGAUUGAAGAUGGCUAGCACAUCCACCGAAUCCAGCAUUCUGUACAAGGAUGAAGAAGCUCAGCUCGAUAGCUCGUACAAGAAGGGGAAACGGAAACACCACACCACCGCCGACGAUGACGCGGACCAGCCGGAUAGCAAAAAGGAGCAUCAGGCCGCGGCGAUCCCCAACACCGCACCACCAGCGGAACCGAGCUCGUUUGCGAGCUUUUCGGAAAAAUCCGUUCGCAUCAUGCAGCAGAUGGGCUACAAGGCCGGUACGGGUUUGGGAAAGGCGGGUCAAGGUCGAGUGGAUCUGAUAGAAACGUCCUCGCAGAAGGGACGAAGUGGUUUAGGUAUGAAGCUGAACGAGCUGAAUACGGCCGCGGAUCAAUGGGACGGUGCGGUGGAGGUGUUACAAAUCCCGGAGGUUUGUGCCUGGUUAAAGAACGCAAGCGCGGCAGCCGACGAUCCGGGCAUCACCCGGGAACAGCUGGACGCCUGGAUAAAGGUAGGCCCGCGGAAGCUAGUAAUCAGCGACGAGGACAAGUACUGCCAGCCGGACAUACUGCAGCAAAUCCUUGCCAGCAAGUCCGUGUUUGACAAUCUCGGUGCAGAUGAUAUGCGCAAAGCGCGCUCGAAAUCUAACCCGUUCGAGCUGAUAAAGAGCAACAUCUUCAUCAACCGUGCCGCGGUCAAGAUGGCAAACAUGGAUUCGAUGUUCGACUUUAUGCUGACCAAACCGGUCGACCGGGCCGGCAAACCGUUGGUGAAGGAAAACGAUCUCUUCUACUUUGCGGAUGUGUGUGCCGGUCCGGGCGGAUUUUCCGAGUACGUGCUGUGGCGGAACGGGUGGCGUGCGAAGGGGUUCGGCUUCACGCUGAAGGGACCGUGCGAUUUCCGGCUGGAUGAUUUUACCGCCGGCUCGCCGGAAACGUUCGACGCGUACUACGGACCGAAGGAGGAUGGCAACAUUUUCGAUCCCGCCAACAUCGAGGGUUUCUCCGAGUACGUGAUGACGCAGACGGAAACCGGCGUCCAUCUGAUGAUGGCGGACGGUGGCUUUUCGGUCGAGGGGCAAGAAAAUCAGCAGGAGAUCCUGUCGAAACAGCUCUACCUGUGUCAGAUGAUUGUGGCGCUUGCGAUCGUACGCCCGGAAGGGCACUUCGUGAUGAAGGUGUUCGAUCUGUUUACGCCGUUCAGUGUCGGGUUGGUGUAUCUGGCGUAUCGCUGCUUCCGGGAGAUUUCCAUCUGCAAACCGAACAGCAGCCGGCCGGCCAACUCCGAACGCUAUCUGGUGUGCAAGUGGAAGCUACCGCAAACGGAUCUCAUUCAGCGCCACCUGGAGGACGUUAACAGGCAGAUGUUUAACUGUGGCAAGAAAAACAUCGACACGCUCGAGCUAGUGUCGGAGGAAGUGUUGCGGGCGGAUGCCAGGUUUUACGAGUAUAUCUGCACCAGCAACAACACGAUCGGGACGAACCAGAUACGGGCACUGCUCAAGAUUGCGGCCUACUGCAAAAAUCGGGAGCUGGCCGAAACGCGCCAGAUGGAGGUGAAGCAAAAGUGUCUCGCGCUGUGGAAGCUGCCGGACGGGAUACGAAAGUUCGCCAACAAGGGCGACCCGGACCAGUACGUGCAGAAGCUGUACAAGGACUGGAAAAACCUGACCAAGGAGGUGUGCCAGGUGGAGAAGAAGCUACAAAACGCCGAGCUGAAGACGCACUUCCAGUCCGCGUACGACUGGUGCUUUGUGCCGAUCGGUAAUGCGGAAAGCAGUGGGAAAAACAUACGCACCAUACUGCUCGGCAAGGGUGGCAAAGAGGUGUACCGGUUCGAUACGAAACAGUGCAGCUGGUUACCGGUGACGGAUGUGGCGAUCGAGCUGCCGCAGGGCACAAUCAUUUAUGCGGAGAUUGUGCGCGAACUGCAGGGCCAGGGCAAAUCGCAAAUCGUCAUCAACACGCUGCACAUCAUCGAUGCAAUGAUGCUUGGCGGGGAAAACAUUCGCCGGCUGCCACUGCGGCAGCGCAUGGCACGCUGCCACCAGUUUGCCAAGGCGCUCAGCAAACCGCUCAAAGGCAUGAACGCGGACAGUAGCAACGGGAGCGCCGUUACGGUACAGAUCCGGGCCAAGAAGCUGUACAGUCUGUUCGACAUCGAGCACGUGUUCUUCAAGUCGCUGGAAACGUAUCAGCUAAAGACUGGACCGCCACGGUUGGGGUACCGGCUGCGGAACGUCAUCGAUGCCGAUCGGUUCUACGUACCGUACGGGUUGCUGUUCCUGAAGGAGAUCAAACCGGACUAUCUAAAAUCGCUGUCCACGAAAUGGAACAAGCAUUACUACUUUCACGUGAAAACCAAGGUUUCCCUCUAUCCGGAACAGUUUGAAAAUGCCGAGGCGGAAACGAUGGCCAUAUUUGAGGAAACGUUCCACUCGCGGUUGCUGUGGAAAUGGGACAUCGAGUACCAGGUUGAUCCGCAGGUGACCGAGGCGAGAUCGUCGGACACGGUGUACCGGGUAGACUUUAAGCAGUAUCUGGAAACACACUACGGCCAGAGCUUUAAUUAGUCGCCGGACAGUGAUUUCCGGAUCCGGACAGUUCAAGUGUCAAGUCUUGCAAGACGAAUGACCAUGUACUCGGGGGCUGGGCCACCUGCUACGGUGGCACUAAAGUACUAGAGCAAACUGGUAACACUGGUAGCUUCUCAUGCCACGAACGAAAAGCAGACAUGGCGACACAUCCAUCAAACAUGGACACAUGGCCAAAGUUGCCGGUCCUCAAACCGAGAGGAUUAUGGGAUUACAAACCCAUGAAGUAGUGCAGGCCCAGUAAGCUGGAUUCUCGUACCGAAGCGUGCUAAACCUCGACAAAAUUGAGCUUUGUAUAUAUCGGUUCAGGUUGAACGAUUGCUUUGCCGGCUUUUUUUAACUUGUUUAAGUACACACGUUUGUUCCUAGUGUGCGCCGAACGAUAAUGCUACCCAACCCACAUCUAAUCGAUGGAAAUAUGUUACGGCAGCGGGUAACUUCCUAUCAGUUACCAAACCAAAACAUAGUUCGUUUAAAUGUAAGCUAAGCACGUUGUUCUCCCGAUUAGAUAAGACAAUUUUGCAUUCGACUUUCGAGCCAUGUGUACUUGUUCUUACAAUCUUAUUCGUUGAUAGUUCCAUAUUAUUAUUAGCUUCCUGCUUUGGCAUUCGAACCGUUGUCGGUCUGUCGGUCUACUGUACUGAUUUUCAUCCACCUUCUUGGCAUAUUGCUAGAAAAUUGUGAAUUUUAAACCAACAACAGAUUAUUCAAUCUUGGGCUUGCUAGCUCCACAAACGUCGGAUUAAACUUGAUGUGCUUAAGAUAACAGAGAAUACCAUUGCAAAGCGAAUGUAACCAUUAAGCAUAAAGAACUAAUUGUCUAAAUAAGCAACAGCGAAUGUUCUUAAGAGGAAUUUCUAUGAUUGGAUAAGAGACGUCAAUGUUUAUUUUAUAAGCUUUUGCUUUUAUGUUUUAUAAACCAAAAUUGUUCUUAAAUGUAUGAAUUUCUAAAGAAGAAAUGUAUUUGUCUAAAAGUC